GUGAAACAACUUGUUUUAAUGAAUUAUAAAUUGUUUAUAAGUAAGCACAACAGUAUAUAACAAAAGUUUAAAUAAGUCUGCUUGCCUUUUAAGUUAUCGGUUCUUAAAAACAUAAUUCAAGGAAAGACCACAAUAUGUGGUUGCAUUACUCAGUUAAAGGGAGAUGUUUUCCUCAACUUAUUAGGGUUUACAGUGUGUACAUAUGAGUGAGCGAAGUUGCUACCUCACUACAGCAGUACACUUUCACAUUGUCUGAGAAAAGCAGUGUAUUUUCAUAGUUGCAAAAUUAACAGACAAAUUCUUUUUAAAUUCGCCACUAUGAAAAAUGCACUGCUUUUUAUGUGUUAAACAAGUGGCAAUGGCAUCGGGAAACCCAACCACUCUUUAAGUAGGCCUAUGUAUCGUACACAAUAAUACCUGUAAAACAAAUACUCCACAACUGGUAGCAUCCUCUUGCACUGUGUGGUUUAUGUGACCAGUUUUCCACUCAAUAUUGACCAGGUUCUCUUUUCCCAGGCGAUUGCGACGCAUUUUGAAGUACUGUCUGUGUUAGACAGCAACUUACUAAGCUCCUGAUGUCAGGUGUAGCACAUGCAGGAUCCACAACAAAAAUUUGUUGUAAUGGAAGAUGAAGGUACUGUGACAACACAACACAUUGAACAUGCUUUUUGUAAACAGCAAAGGGACCAUUGCUGAAAAUAUUGUGCCAUCAUAUCCAUUACCUAUAAACAUUUCUUUCACAUGGAUAUUUUUUAAUGGAUUAAAAACUGUAUAGUUUUCACACUUUGUUUUUGGUAGUUUUUUGUUUAAAAUUUUUGUAAUAAAAAAACUACUGGCAAGCAGUAAAAAGUUCACCCAAAAAAAAAAAAAAAAAAAAAAGUCCCCCCUUCAUGUGUUUCCAAACCUGUAUGACUUUCUUCUGCUAAACACAAAAGAAAAAUAUUGAGUCACUGUUUUUUGUUGGUUUGUUUGUUUGUUUUUUGUUUUUCAACAUUCCUCAUAAUAUAAUAUAAUUUAAUUUUUUAUGCUCCUAAGAAAGUCACAGGCUUGAAAUGACAUAAAUGCCAUUUACAAUGACAGAAUUGUCAAUUUUAGGUGGACUAGCCCUUUAUUGCAUACAAGUGGUUACAACAGAAGUCUUUUCAAAUCUUUUUUGGAGUCUCAAUGGUUAAAGAAAAAUGUUAUAUUCAACAAAGUAUAUGAAAAAUUAAGCAGUCACAUUUGAGCUGAAAAACAGUCUAUCUUUACUAGUCAUUUUUUAAAAGUUCUGUUUGAAUCAGGAAUUAAUGCAUACAAAUCAUAGUGUAUUUAAAAGUAAGUUGCAUCACUUACCACAAACUUCCAGUGGAUGUCACUUAUAUUAAGAAAUGUGAUAACCCCAUCAAAUGCUUCAAAAUUAACCUGUACAACAUAACAAAUAUGCAUGUUUAUAUCAAUAUUCAAAUAAUUAGAUUUAGUAUUUAAGUAUAUCUUUACACUCACGUCCUUUAAGCCUUGUCGAACCACUUGUUCUCUUCUGCCAUAGAAAAUUACAAAGGUGGUGUGAUGGUUUAACUGAAAAAUUUUCCCAGACUUGUCAUGUUCAUUAAGGACAGACCGGAUGUAACUUUCCAUAACCUAAACAGUUUGACAACACAACAGUAUUGAUACUUGCUCUUAAAAUCCCUUAGCUGAAUUAAAAAAUAUCUUAUUGUAUAGCUAUAUUUAUUACAUUCAGUAAAAUAAACAGCAUCUACACUACAAAAACUGACAUGUAGAAAUUAAAGGGAGUUCAAAAAUUAGCAAAUUGUUGCAUAUUGCUACCAAUUUUUUUAGGCAAAGUUCUACAUGUAAUUUGUGUAUCCUCUCCCAGCAUUGCUACCUGUUCCAUUUGCCACAUGUUUACCAUAGCUCUCUCUGUCAGCGAUGAGGGAUUUACAUGUCAUAAAUGUAGGGAAAUAGUCAGGCUGACAGAGAGAAUCUCAGAAUUAGAGACACGCAUCCAAACUUUAAUCGAGGAUAGUAAGAAUGCAAGGGCUUCAGAUACUGUUUUGGAUGCGACUAGCUUAGUGAACUCUGUACAUUGUUCGGUUCCGGCUGUAGAGCCCGCGCAGCAGGGCACUUGGGUAACGGUGAGGCGGCCUAGCCGCGGAAAACACCACUCUUCCGUUCCAAUAAGAACAUCAAACAGGUUCUCCCCACUCAGUGAUACACCCACUGAGAAUCCUGUUGAAAGUGCCCUAGUUAUUGGUGAUUCUAUUACACGGAACGUGAAAAUAGAGACACCAGCCACCAUAGUCACAUGUUUGCCGGGAGCCAGAGCACCUGACAUCAAAGCAAAUUUAAAAGUGCUGGCUAAUGCUAAUCGUAAAUACUCUAAGAUCGUUAUUCACGUUGGCACUAAUGAUGUUCGACUUCGCCAGUCGGAGAUCACUAAAAUUAACAUUAAAGAGGUGUGUGAACUCGCAAGUACAAUGUCAGGAGAAGUAAUUUGCUCUGGCCCCCUUCCUGUUCGUCGGAGUGAUGAGAUAGUUAGCAGAUUAUCAUCACUCAAUGGCUGGCUGUCCGCAAAAUAAUAUAGGUUUCAUAGACAAUUGGAAAAGUUUUUGGGGCAGACCUGACCUCUUAAAAAGAGAUGGUAUUCAUCCCUCCUGGGAUGGUGCUGCUCUUCUCUCUAGUAAUAUGGCACAUAGUCUUAGAACUGAAACAUGACAAACUGGGGCCCAGGUCAGAAAGCAGACAGACUGGCUAAACCGACCGUCUGCUAGCUGCCUCACGUUACAGAAGUCAGAAAAUUCAGAUAACUCCCAACACAUAGAAACUCUUACACCUAGAUAUUUUCAAAUAGAGACUGUGUCUGUACCCCGAAUUAGUAAAAACAAAAAACUUCCAAACCCAUUUAAUGGUAAAAAUUUAAUUGAUGUUCAACAAAUAAAAAAUAGAGAUAAUAAUGCUAAACAAAUGAUAAAACUCGGGUUGUUAAAUAUUAGAUCCCUUUCUUCAAAAUCACUUAUUGUUAAUGAUAUUAUCAAAGAUAAUAAUCUAGAUGUGCUGUGUUUGACAGAAACUUGGCUAAAACCGGACGAUUACAUUACUUUAAAUGAGUCUAGUCCUCAAGGUUAUGAUUAUCGACACAAUGCCCGUCAGAAAGGCAAAGGGGGAGGUGUUGCUGUAAUCUAUAGUAAUAUUUACAGUAUUAGUCAGAAGUCUUUCAAAUAUAAUUCCUUCGAAACUAUGGUACUUUACGUAACAUUAUGUAAGUUGACAUUUGUGCUGGCUACUGUAUACAGGCCACCAGGACACAAUACAGACUUUAUCAAAGAAUUUGCUGACUUUCUAUCAGAGUUAGUACUAGCUGCAGAUAAAGUCCUUGUUUUUGGUGAUUUUAAUAUUCAUGUAGAUAAUAAAAAAGACGCAUUAGGAUUGGCAUUUGCAGAUAUUCUAAACUCUAUUGGUGUUAGACAACAUGUGUCAGGACCCACUCAUUGUCGUAAUCAUACUUUAGAUCUAAUAUUGUCACAUGGAAUCGAUAUUGAUGCUGUUGAAAUUCUGCAGCAGAGUGAUGACAUCUCAGAUCAUUAUCUAGUCUCGUGUAUACUACAUUUAGUCAAGGCGGCUAAACUGCCUCCAUGCCAUAAAUAUGGUAGAACCAUCACUUCUACCACUAAAGAUUGCUUUAUAAAUAAUCUUCCUGAUCAUUUUCAUCGCCUUAGCAUACCAGACAGCUUAGAAGACCUCGAUGUUGCAACAGAAACUAUUGCCUCUGUCUUUUCCAGCACAUUAGACUCAGUUGCUCCUUUGCGUUUAAAAAAGAUUAAGGAAAUUAAUCCAAUGCCAUGGUACAAUGAGCACACUCAGGCCCUAAAGUUAGCAGCCAGAAAAAUGGAGCGCAGCUGGAAGAAAUCAAAACUAGAAGUAUUUCGUGGAGAGAGAGAAUGAUUGAGUACAGAAAGGCCUUAAAAUCUGCUAGAUCUGCCUAUUUUUCAAAACUCUUAGAAGAAAAUAAACACAACCCUAGGUAUUUAUUUGAUACAGUGGCUAAAUUAACAAGAAAUAAAGCUUCAACUUCUGAUGUUUCCAAAGAGCACAGCAGUAAUGACUUUAUGAACUUCUUUACUUGCAAGAUUGAUAAUAUUAGAGAGAAAAUUAUAACCAUGCAACCGUCUAUUACAGUAUCGCGUCAGAUAGUGCAUUGUAGUGUCCCUGAGGAAAAAUUCAAUUCAUUUACUGCUUUAGGAGAGGAAGAAUUGUCUAAACUUGUUAAAUCAUCAAAAUCAACAACAUGUAUGUUAGACCCUAUACUGACUAAGCUAUUGAAAGAAAUGCUUCCAGAGGUUAUAGAUCCUCUUCUUAAUAUCGUCAAUUCAUCUUUAUCACUAGGAUACGUACCAAAAACUUUUAAGCUGGCUAUUAUUAAACCUCUUAUUAAAAAACCACAACUUGAUCCUAGAGAAUUAGUCAAUUACAGGCCGAUCUCAAAUCUCACUUUUCUGUCAAAAAUACUAGAAAAGGUAGUAUCAUCACAACUAUGUUCCUUUUUUAGAAAGAAAUAGUAUCUGUGAGGAUUUCCAGUCAGGAUUUAGACCGUACCAUAGUACUGAGACUGCUCUCAUU